AUGCUCCGUGUGCUCCAGAUAUUGGAGCAGUAUGACCCGGAGCAUUCACCAAAUACUUUGAGUUCCGAUGUCAUCGGGUGCGUGGUUCCUCAAGCUCCAACAACAAGCGAAUCCAUUUACACGGAGGCUGUAAAAACAGUACAUCAUGCAAACUCAGCGACGCACAAAAGCUCUGAGGUUGAAGAUACAAAUACUCUAUCAAGAACCAGAAGUGGUCGUGCUGAUCACACGAUGCGGAGCACGGAGCGAGAUUCACCGAAGUUUCACACGAAAUACCGGAUCAAGAGCUCGGAAGAAUACCGAGAACGACGACGUCUGAGACAAGAACGCUUCCGAGCGAAACAAGCCCAGCGCGAAAAGGACCUCAAGACCGAAGUAAAAAAGCUACGUCAAGACGUCCCACUAUUGGAGAUGCGACGACUGCGCAUGAGCUUUGAGAACGGGUUGACGUUGGGCUCUGUGGUGACCGAAUAUUUCCAAAUAUUUCGUCGCGGUAUAUGGCCUUCCAACGCAGCCACUUCAUGCUUCAUUAAAGCCAUGUCCCAGCAGCAGCUUGUGUUUCUUCAAACGGCGAUAUCCCGUCACGUCAUAGUGGGUAAAUUCCAGGGUGUUGACGCGUUGAUAGAGCAAUGGAGGCGGUACUGCACCUACUUUGACAAUGUGGAGUUUCGUCUAGGUGAACUGGAAUUUUCAUCGCCAAACAUCGUCUGGACUCGCUCUACGAUGAGCGUGAGUAUCACAGAAAAAAACCUUGGAGAAGCGAUUGGUCCUACCAUGUCGGGUCUGCUUCGAGUGGAAUGA